AUGCCCGCGUUCACCAACCACACUUCCCUUCCUCGCCUCUCUCUCAUCAUGCCCGCGGGAGACAGCUCGGCCUCUUCGUCCUCCUCUAGCUGCGACUCAGACUCGUCAUCCUCUGCCUCGUCGACCACCACCUUUGCCAUGGACUCUACCGCCCCUGUUGCCUCGGUCCAGGUCCUGCGCUGCAUGCGCUGUGCCCGCGCCGUCGAGACCACGUCGACCGACGACAUUGCCACGGCCGGCAUGGUCCGCAUCGCACACAACCUCUACUACUGCGAGCGUUGCGCCAAGACGGUCGGCUACAAAUAA